AUGCAUGCAGCAUACAAUAAUAGAAAGCAAAGUGGCAUCAAUCUGAUCUGGCUUUCUGAGUGCCUUUCAGCUAUGGAAUUUGGGGUUGAUGAAACCUGGGAGGCAGGCCACCUGGCAGCACAUCCAUCAAGUCUCACUGGCUUUGUGGAUGAACCUAUGGUAAUCCUUGGUACCAGUGAUACCAUUGCAUUGUGGUACCUUCCUGGUGCCAUCACCAAUGAUUUGCAAGCAUCCCUGCAGACACACAUGCUUGCCACUCUGGACCCCCUUCACCAUGCAAUGUCCAAGAGUAUGACAAGUGGCUCCUGGCAGAAAAAUGCUGAAUAUUUCAAUCACACUUCACAGUCACUGGGGUGCCUGGAGUUUUCCCCAGCCAGGCACCAACAGGGGCAUAUGGUAUGGCUAUAUUACCUCAGGGUUUCUGCUGACCUACAGAUGGAUGCUGGUCAUGAAUGGUCCCAGCAGUCUUACCUCCCAGCUGCCAUCCCCUCUGGUGCACUUUCAAUUAUGCACCCAGGCCUGUAUGAUGCUGGAAGGCAAGCCAUGCAGUUGUUGGACACAUGGUCAAGUCAGCAUAACCAAGAUAUGCAUGAUGUCUUGCAGCACUGGCCAUCAGUUUUUACUAAUGUCUCCAUAAUCUCUAACUGGACCACACCCUUUCACCAGGACCCACACUCACAGUCUGAUUGGUAUGACAUGCUGGUCACAGUUGGCAAUUAUGAAGAUUGUGUAUUGGAUAUCCCCACACUUGGCCUUCAGUUCCUUUACAACCCCAGCACUGUAGUUGCAUUUUCCAGCAGGCUUCUUCAACAUGGGGGAUACCCUGUGGGGAUUGGAUGA